CUCGUGGAAACUAUCAUAAAGUACCACAAGUGGGUCUUCUCGCCGGAUCUGGGUUUAGAGAGCGGCUGCUUCGUGCCCGAGGAUUCUGAUGAGAUCGCCGAAAUUGAGGCACGGUCAGAGUCUCCGUCAGUCGAUUCGUCGGGGGCAGGCGAUGUUCGACCGAUCCUACGGGAACUCUUGAGCGCCGCGGCGCAGUUGCCCCCUCCACCCUCUGAUUCGGAUCUUGAGAACGCUGAGGAACCCGGCCCGAGCAGCGAUCGACCGGCUCCAGUUACUGUUGAAGCAGCACUUCUGAGCCGAAAAGGCAGCAGUAGGACUGGUACUUGGUCCAGUCGGCGCCCAAGCUCCUCCUCUCUCCCGGGUGCUGAAAGGAUUGGCGAAGCGGCUGAGACUGAAAAUAAUGAAAAACCCUACCAACUGGAUUCAACGCCUUUGUCGGUCGCGUCUUGGGGUACUGUCGUUGUUCCUUAUGCAUACAAAUGGCGGGUUAAGUCGCCGAUUGAAUUCCAGGACUAUCCUUUUUCCAAGACAGAAUCCUACAAAGCGUAG